CAAAUCCAACAAUUGCGUGCAAUACUUAUAGGCGCCCCGCGUCCAACACCCCUCCCGGUUUUAGACUGAUAUUCUUGUUAAUUCAUAUCCCGUCGGUAUCCACCAGAGCCCAGUGUUAGGGUGGCGUUGCUGCUGUUUCCCUCCCCGUAUGUGAAGUCCCGUAUGGAUGCGCCGGAGAGGAGCUCUGCGCUCAUAGGGGAGGGACGAGCCAAGUCCAGUUCGGUUCAGAUCAGGAAGGAGCGCGCCCGCAGAGCGCGACAGACGGCGCCAGGGGAGAGACGCACGCUUUUCGUGCCGUUUGACAGUCUUCGUGAAAUAUCGAUUUACCUCACAGAAUUCCUUCAGAAAGAGAUACAAAGUGAAGUGGAUCCCCAAAAGACACGGGGGAGACAUGCAGCCGGCGGCGAGGCGGACUUUGCUGCUUCUUCUAGUGGUUUUGAUAACGCAAGAACCGUUACGACAUCCGGAGGACGUAAAGCCAAACGAUCCAUUUCAGCCGUAUGAAUAUUUUUCACGAUGACUGCUACUCAUCCAAGGGAGAGGACCGGCUGUUCAGGAAACUGUUCAGAAGAUAUAACCAGUUCAUCAGACCAGUGGAGAACGUGUCCGACCCCGUCACUGUGGAGUUUGAGGUUUCCAUCUCGCAGCUGGUCAAAGUUGAUGAGGUGAAUCAGAUCAUGGAAACAAACCUGUGGCUCAGACAUAUAUGGAAUGACUACAAGCUGCGAUGGAUGCCGGCGGAGUUCGACGGGAUUGAGUUCAUCAGAGUUCCAUCUAACAAGAUUUGGAGACCUGACAUUGUGCUCUACAACAACGCUGUAGGUGAUUUCCUUGUGGAGGACAAGACAAAGGCUCUGCUGAAGUUUGAUGGAACCAUCACUUGGAUUCCUCCAGCCAUUUUCAAAUCCUCGUGCCCCAUGGACAUCACCUACUUCCCCUUUGACUAUCAAAACUGCUCCAUGAAGUUCGGCUCCUGGACUUAUGACAAAGCCAAGAUUGACCUGGUACUUAUUGGGUCAAAGGUUAACCUGAAAGACUUCUGGGAGAGCGGCGAGUGGGAAAUCAUUGACGCUCCGGGCUACAAGCAUGAUAUCAAGUACAACUGCUGUGAGGAGAUCUACCCGGACAUCACCUACUCCUUUUACAUCAGGCGCCUGCCACUCUUCUACACCAUCAACCUCAUCAUCCCCUGCCUCCUCAUCUCUUUCCUAACAGUGCUGGUUUUCUAUCUCCCGUCCGACUGUGGAGAGAAGGUCACGCUCUGUAUCUCCGUCCUGCUCUCCCUCACUGUGUUCCUGCUCGUUAUCACAGAGACCAUCCCCUCCACGUCGCUGGUCAUCCCGCUCAUCGGAGAGUACCUGCUCUUCACAAUGAUCUUCGUCACACUCAGCAUCGUCAUCACCGUGUUUGUGUUAAAUGUACACUACCGCACGCCAAUGACCCACACCAUGCCAGGUUGGGUGCGCUCUGUGUUCCUCAUAGUACUGCCAAAGAUUAUGCUGAUGCGGAGACCGAUUGAUGAAGACAGCAAGGCUGGGGGGUUGGACAGUGGGGAGGCAGGAGGAGCUGGAGGGGGAGGAGGAGGCCGAGGAGGGAAAGGAGGGAAGAAAAAGAAGAAUAGCUUAAUGCAGCAGGUUGGAGGAGGCUCCCUCAACUGUCUGGAGUUCGGGGACAGUAAUUUGUCCUCCAUAGAGGGCUGCACUGGGAAGAAAUGCCCUUGCCCCUGCCAGCACGGCAAGGAGACCCCGGAAACACCAGACACAGGGAAUGUGACACGUCAGCUGAGUCCACAGAGCAUCAACACAGUGGUGGCAUUUUCUAUGGUUUCACCUGAGAUCAAACAGGCCAUAGAGAGCGUCAAGUACAUCGCUGAGAACAUGAGGAGCCGCAACAAGGCCAAAGAGGUGGAGGAUGACUGGAAGUACGUUGCCAUGGUGAUUGAUAGAAUCUUCCUUUGGGUGUUUGUGACCGUGUGCGUCCUUGGAACCUUGGGCCUCUUCAUUCAGCCGCUUCUUGGCUUUGUCUCCUAACCACUGACCAAUCAGGGUUUGCUGUGUUGUCCAAACCUGAGCAAGUGACUAACUCUCAGGUCUCAACUGACGAAUCAGAAAUCAGUUUGCGGUCCUAAAUCACUAUUUGGUGUGCUAGUUUUGCUUCUUGCCUUAUACAGAGAGCAAUGACUACAGAAGCAGGAAGUUGAAGAAAUCCUUUUUUAAGGUUUGCAGACCAAGGUUGUGCGCCUUCAUUUUAAGCCUUUUAAAGCUGCACAUUUUAUGGACGAAAAAAAACAACUUUCCUGUCAACUUGAACACAGAUCGUUGGUUCGCAAAUAUUAAAUAUAUCUGUUUACUUUGGAAGCAGUGAAAUAAUUCAAGAUGCCAUUUGAUACAUUUAAAGUUAUGUUUUGAAUGUAGCUUAACCACACCAAAUUCAAAGAUUUCAUUGAAGGCAAAAGUGGAGCUGGUGGUCAUAGCUAGCAAUUUUUACAUGUUAGAAAUUAUUUCUAUGGCUUAGUCAGUUUUAAAAAUGUUAUAUUGUAGAACAGGGGUCACAUUAAGGUCUUAAAUUGAUUUACCUUACACUGUAUUUUGGCCUUGCAGAGCAAAGUUGGUUAGACAGAGUAUAUUAGAGCUUGGCUGGGAUCAGAACUUGGCACAACAAAUAGUCCUUCAGGACUGGAACCUGAACAUCCAACAGAUGCUAUUGAACUGAGAACUUUCCACAACCACUAGACAUGAUACGAACUCUCUACCACACGAAACAAACCAGCAGCAGCUAUUUAAGUCCUAACCCCGGCCCCAUCGAGUUGACUGAUGACUGUCGUAUUCGCUCCCCAGUCUGAUUCAUCAAUCUGCUCACUGUCAGAGCCGAUCGCGCUCACUGCUUCGGUGUGUCAUUUCCAAUUAGUGUUCAGAUUUCUGGCACAUGUGGCAAUGUUUUUUAACAAAUAAGGGCAAGCUGUUCUUCUUUUUGUAAUUCGAAACCAUGUGUUUAUUAGUGUUCUGAUUAAUGUUUCACAGGGUAAUUGGUUGGCCUGCUAAACAUUGGAUUAACUCGUACUUGAUUGGUUGCUCCUGAAAUAGCAUCACAUUUAUUACUUCAUGUUAGGAUUCUAUCAUCUAAUUCCAUGGUUAUUAUUCAUAAUCUUUUUUUUGGUCUCUUUUGAUGAGCUUUUUUAUUCAGAGCAAACAUGCACCGCGAGGAAAAUGCAUGACAUGCAUUUGGGUGCUUUGACCACAAACACAUUGUUCUCAGAUUACAACAUGACAAAGAAACUGCCCUAACCUGUUUAAUUCUUUAUUUAAUUCACCCAUUCUCAUUUUAGUUGAUGUGUUAUGUUUCGAUGCAUCCAAAUUGAAAAGCUCAUGUUGAAGGGAGCAAACAAGUUUGUAUAAAUGAUCUUUGCUGAACUGAAAAUAAAUGCAAUGUUUCUUUGA